CAGAAGGAUUUUGAUUGGAUACAUUGUUUGGCACUCUAAGCAAGCGCGUACAGGUUUUUGAGGUUAGGAACAAACUGGCAGCUUAGGAAAGUUGCCACCGAAAAUCGAAAAUACAUGAAAUCAGUGCAGCAGCGCGUGCCAGCAGCGGGGAAAUUUACUUUUCAUCCCGAAUAUGAAUUUCUCGGAAGUCUUCAAGCACUCCAACCAACUGUGUAGAGUUUCGCCGGAUGGAAAAUAUCUGGCCACCUGUGUCCAGUACCGGCUGGUGGUGCGAGAUGUGAACACGCUCCAGAUACUGCAGCUCUACACUUGCCUGGAUCAGAUCUCUCAGAUGGAGUGGUCAUCAGAUUCUCUCUUCAUCCUCUGUGCCAUGUGCAAGAGGGGCCUCGUACAGGUGUGGUCACUGGAACAGCCAGACUGGCACUGCAAGAUCGACGAGGGGUCGGCAGGACUAGUCAGCUCACACUGGAGCCCGGAUGGACGUCACAUUCUCAACACCACAGAGUUUCAUCUGAGGGUCACUGUCUGGUCCCUGUGCACCAAGUCUGUGUCCUACAUCAAGUACCCCAAGGCCUGUCAGAAGGGGGUGGACUUCAGCAGAGACGGCCGCUACAUGGCCCUGGCGGAGCGCCGCGACUGCAAGGACUACGUCAGCCUGUUCGUGUGUGAGGACUGGCAGCUGCUGCGGCACUUUGAGACAGAGACCCAGGACCUGAGCGGGGUGGAAUGGUCUCCCAAUGGCUGUGUGCUGGCUGUGUGGGACACCUGUCUGGAUUACAAGGUGCUGUUGUACUCCCUGGACGGACGUCUGCUGUCGACCUACAGCGCGUACGAGUGGUCGCUGGGCGUGAAGGCCCUCACCUGGAGCCCCAGCAGCCAGUUCCUGGCCAUCGGCAGCUACGACGGAAAGGUACGCAUCCUGAACCACGUCACCUGGAAGAAGAUCACUGAGUUUGGGCAUCCUGCCACCAUCAACAACUCUAAAGCAGUUGUUUACAAGGAGGUGGAGAAGCGGCCAGUGCUGGCCAGCAAUGAGUUAUCCAUCCAUCAGCAGCUGACCAUGGGUAGCACCCUCUUCUGCACGCAGAGCAAGUAUGAGAUCUGUGAACUGCCUGUCCAGAUUCCCGUGGUUAAGCCGGACCCUGAUCGAGCGAACCCAAAAAUCGGGGUCUCCUCUAUGGCUUUCAGUCCUGAUAACCGAUACCUGUCAACCAAGAAUGACAACAUGCCCACCAGCGUGUGGGUGUGGGACAUGCAGAAGCUGCGUCUGCUGGCCGUGCUGGAGCAGGUGGCCCCCGUGCGCUGCUUCCAGUGGGACCCCCGCCGGCCACGCCUGGCCCUCUGCACCGGCAACGGCAAGGUCUACCUGUGGUCCCCGGCCGGGUGCGUCUCUGUGCAGGUGCCUGUGGAAGGCCAGUUCCAGGUCCUGUCGCUGAGCUGGCACUGCAGCGGGAACUGCCUCAUCCUGAUGGGCAAAGACCAGCUGUGUCUCUGCUACCUGGAGACGGAGACGGAGAAGUGAGCGGAGCCGCGGGCUAAAGCUAGCG